CAACAAUUAAGAAGGACCGAGGAGGGCAAUGGUUUGGCAGAGAAUUAUUCGAUCGUCGGAACCUGAAGGAUUUAACUACGGCCCAUCAUAUUCCCCUGUUCAAUUCCUGUCGAUUUUCUCCCUUGCAUACUUCCGGGGUCCAUAAGAUAAGUACAAGUAACAAUUUAAUUAGCAAUACCCUCUUCCUCCAGAAUUGUGUGGUCUUCUACCUACCUCCGUUAUAGAUUAAUGUUUAAAUCUAAGUCGGUGGAUUAACCGAAUCAUUAGGUAGUCGAAGAAAAUGCCUCGUGGGAUUUAAUAACAGCACUUUAGGCUUUGAAUUCAAAUCCCACCGAAGUCAACGUUGUUCAUUCAACUUUCUGUUGAUAAAAUAAAAGAAUCAGUCAAGCCCUUGGGGUGAUUUCAUUCAAAGGUCUUUUCCCCGUGGUUUGUGGCUUCUUGCGAACGUUUUAAUGGGAUUCGUAGGCUUAAUUCGUUAGGAAUGUGGUUUAGCAUAGAGGCUAAGUUAACAAAAAUGCGUAUGACAUAAACUAAGAAGAGAAUCAAUUGGUGAGGUGAUUCAGACGAAACGGUUUCAAAUCGUGGUUUCGGCAGCGGAAGUUGUUUCUGCCGCGAAACUGAAUCUGUUAUGGCGGCAUUGGAACUGGAAGACGGUGAAUUGUUAGAUUCUGAUUCUGAUAAUGAAGCCUCGUCAAAUAUCCAGACAUCAUCAACCAUUUCUCAGAAUUACAGAAAGCCAGUGAACCCCACGUCCUAUCGCUGCAAAUCAGAUGCAAAGAUUGCAUCAAGUUCAGAUGACAGCGAUGAUGAAAAGUUUACCUGGAAAAAGAAACGGUAUGGUAUUGCUUCAAAAGACCAGCAGAGUUCUAUGGAGUAUAGUUUCAGCAAUUCUAUUAACAAGAACUACACUUUCCAAGUACACAAUACGCAGUUUUCCUUUGGCCAGGAUGUCACAGAUUCUAACACUAGUAGCAAACCAAAGAAAAAUAAGAAUAUUUGGGGUUCUGUAUUACAAUCACAGAUGUUGUCUCAAGGUUUCCACGGAUUUGACAUGGAGCACAAAGGCGACAGUUACAGUGAUCGGCAGGUAGAAUCUUACAGCUACAAAAAGGCUCUGAAAGACACCCGGCCUUGGCCAGUGAAACCAGACAUUGAUUCUGUGACGACCAGCAAGAAAAAUGAUGACCUGUUUGAUAGUGUCCCUGAUUUAGAAAAACUUGAAGAGAACUUCAAUGGAGUGUAUAGAAAAGCUGAGAAAAGAAGGCGCAGUGCCAAAAAGCGUCUCGGUCCGAAACCAAAUGACAAGAAGUCAUGCAGGAAGGCUUUUGAUGUCACAGCUGAUGAUGAUGAUGAUGAAAAAAUUACAGAAGCCAUUGCUAAUUUUCUUGAAGAAUCAAAAGUGUACCUCAUAGAGAAAGUUGUCCAAGUUUUGGGCAAGAAGAAAGCUCUAGACGUGGCCCGUCUUACCAGAGAUGUUGAAGAACAUGGUGGAAUGAUGACCAAUGAUGGAGGACGCCGACGGACUCCUGGUGGUGUAUUCUUCCAACUUCUGAAAACAGAUUCUGAAGUAACAAAGCAGAAUAUGAAAGACAUAUUUAAUGAUGAAAAGAAGGAAAAAGCCAAAACAAAGAAGAUUCUAAGGGCAAAACGCUUCAAGAACAAACUGAAGAAGAGAAUGGAAGCUGAUAUGGGUUCCACCGAGAAUGUUACUAUGGAAACUGUUAGUGGUGAGCAGAAGGAAGACCGACUGGCUGCUGUUGUCAGUGACGACACCAGCAGUAAUUCUAAAGACAGUUAUUCACAAAGUAACAGCUCUGAACUUUCAAACGACCCAGUUAAUAUGGACAUGUCUGACCUCCUGAAACGUCACAAAGAAUAUCAAAGUGAACAACAAACCAUGACUGAUUGUUCUGAGGAGAAAACAGACAAGGAUUCCACAACGCAAGAUCAAUUGUCAAUGUCUUCAAAGAAAAAUGACAGACGACCCGAUGCUGUCAUUUAUUUAGAUGAAGAUAUCGACAUGAGUUUUGAUCUUUGAUAUUUGCUUUGUGCUUUUUUUUUUCUUUUCUUUCUGUCUUCUCUCUCUCUCUCUCACUCUUCUCUUUUUUUUAAUCAAUUCCAACUCAGGUGAUAAAGAAGAUAAACCUUUCUUAACAAUAACUGAAGGAAGUACUUUAAUUAUCACUAUGUGCAGUGACCAUUUUAGUAUUUGGCAGCCACAAUUUACGUCUAUAAAAGCAUGUUUCUAUAACAAAGUGAUUGACCAAACAAAAACUAUAAUUUGCAAUAACACCAUCUCUUUUCUCUAUUUAUAAAGUAAUCUCUCUUCAUCAGUAUCUGUUGACGAUGUAUAUUGAUAUAUAAGUUCUUUUUAACUCUCUUAAUACUCAUGUUGCUACCAUCUGACCCAGUAUAGGCACCUCACCUGGUUAUGUAGGGCUGUUUUUACUUUGCUGUGCUGGCAAAUGCAACAUUCUAUAGACUACAAUGGCUAUGCUCUUCUAUCCAUCACAUUAUUUCUAGCACUGCCAUGUGUUAGUUCAGGGAACAUACCUCACUUCUUCUAUCAGAAAUUUCUUACUUCAUUUACUACCUUGGGGCUAUGCUCAUUAACAGUAGACACCAAUAAUAUUUGUAAGCAAUAUUUGCUUAGCUUGCUUCAUAGAAACAUCAGCAUUUGUUUAAGAAUUUCCUGUAGCCCUUCACCUUACUUUUGUCAAUCUUCUCUUCACUGCCCUUUCAUAUGCACACUACACACACACACACAUAUAUAAUAUUAUAUUAUAUAUAUAUAUAUAUAUAAAUAUAUAUUCAUACAUACAUAAAUACAUACAUACAUACAUACAUAUAUAUAUGAUGCAUACAAUUAUAUGUAUAUAUGUGUAUUGUAAAAUCGAUAGAGCAUCAGACAAAAUACUUUGUGAUAUUCGAUUACAUCCCUUUACCAUCUGACUUCCCAUCCUGUUUGGGUCAAGUAUUUUCUUCCUUCCUUACUAGGUUGAAAGAACAAGAUAUCAAAGCAAAGUUCUGGCGUCACUAAACCCUUAGAAAGUGUUGCCCCAGAAUGGUCAUACUGCACUGGUUCUUCAAAAAAAAAAAAUUAAAAGGACUAUAUAUUUUACUGUAAAAAUCUUUUGUUCAUUCUC